AUCCUGGAGAUGGAUUUUAUGGAUUUGGUUCAAAAGGUGAUCCGGGUAAUCCUGGACAAAGGGGUCCUAGUAGUGAUCCUGGCAUUCCAGGUCGACCUGGACUCCCUGAGCCUUUUGGCCCUCCAGGUCCUAGGGGGCCGACUGGAAUUCCAGGAGGUAACCGGGCCAAAGGGAAGCAUGGGAGACCAGGUUAGAAAUCCCCCCAAAGGUGAAAAGGAAGAGGUAGGAUUACCUGGUCUCAAAGGUCCUAAAGGCUCCAUCACAACUUUACCAGGAAACAAACUGGACGAGAUUCUGAUGGGAGAAAAGGGGUAUCAGGGAGACCCAAGUGAGGGAGGAAGACCUGGACGACCCGGAUUUAAUGGAAUGAGUGGUGAUCCGGGAUUUCCAGGUUUGCCAGGUGAUAAAGGGCCUUUUGGGAUGCCUGGAAUGCAAGAAAUGAGGGAAUGCAAUGAUGGGGGGAUCAUUUUGACUCUUUAUUUGCCCUUAUUUUUAUGGCGAUUUUAAUUUUAUGUCUUAGGUA